AUGUAUUCUGCACGUUUUGCUUUCGAGCGUUCUCUAAAAGAUGUCGCUACGCACGAUGUAAUCGAACAUGCUGAGGGUCUGAGGGUACGAAGCGAAUACGCUGAGGACCUGGGGGUGCGCAGCAAACAUGCUGAGGACCUGAGAGUGCGCAGCGAACAUGUUGAGGACCGGAGGGUGCGCAGCGAACAUGCUGAGAACCUGAGAGUGCGCAGCGAACAUGCUGAGGGUCUGAGGGUACGAAGCGAACACGCUGAGGACCUGAGGGUACGAAACGAACACGCUGAGGACCUGAGAGUGCGCAGCAAACAUGCUGAGGACCUGAGAGUGCGCAGCGAACAUGUUGAGGAUCGGAGGGUGCGCAGCGAACAUGCUGAGAACCUGAGAGUGCACAGCGAACAUGCUGAGGGUCUGAGGGUACGAAGCGAACACGCUGAGGACCUGAGGGUACGAAGCGAACACGCUGAGGACCUGAGAGUGCGCAGCAAACAUGCUGAGGGUCUGAGGUGUAUUUUUGUCGGUCAACGGCCAAUCUUGGUAUUUUUGCGUACAAGGACUGAAUAG